AUGGAUGUUGUAAACCAGUUGGUGGCCCAAGGGCAGUUCACUAUAGUCAAAACUCCUUUGGGAUUCAUCAAAAUUCUACAAUGGGUCUUUGCAAUUAUGGCCUUCUCCACAUGUGGCAGUUAUUCCGGUAUGUUCAAGAUGAGCGUGGAGUGUGAAAACCGGUCGGAAAGUGACCUGGGAAUAGAAGUACAGUUUGAAUACCCCUUUAGGCUCCAUCAGGUGUACUUUGACGCCCCCACCUGUAAGGGAGGCACCUCUGAGCGCCUGUUCCUGGUGGGAGACUACUCCUCGUCAGCUGAGUUCUUUGUCACCAUUGCUGUUUUCGCCUUCCUGUACUCAAUGGGAGCGCUCUCUGUGUACUGCUUCAUUCUAGAAAAGUACAAAGAGAACAACAAAGGAGCCCAGAUUGACUUCGUGGUCACUGCAGUCUUUUCCUUCAUGUGGCUAGUGUCUUCCUGUGCUUGGGCCAAAGGUUUGUCUGAUGUGAAAACAGCCACUGACCCAGACAGAGUGGUCACUCUGAUCGCAGCCUGUGACGAGCAGACGGUCCGCUGCCGGGAGAUUUAUGAGCCCAAGGUGUCCGGCCUCAACACCUCAGUGGCUUUUGGAUUCAUCAACGUGAUCCUGUGGAUUGGAAACCUGUGGUUUGUCUUCAAAGAGACCGGCUGGAUGGCAGCCUUCUCUGGAACAUACAUGCCCUCACAAGAGAAGCAGCCUGCCCCGGACUCCUUUGGCCAGGGGGGCUAUGCACAGCAGGACCCCUACGCCGGCUCACAGGGCGGAUACCAGCCCGAAUACGGCCAACAAGGCUACAGCGAGGAAGGCGGCUACAACCAGGGCUACGACAGCUACAGGGCGUUGUUCUGA